AUGGAGGAGUUGCACAUUAACAACACUUCAUGGGAUGAAAGUUUUAAUGACACCAACGUCAGUAUCAACAUUCAUCAAGACUCAGCCGACGACUUUGGCUGCUUUGAAAGCAGUGAAGGCUUCAUCUUUUAUGUUGUUACAUGGAUCAUCAUCUGCGUCGGCCUUCUUCUGACCCUACUGGCCAUCUGCUCACUGUCUUCUGUGGUCAGAAAGGAUCAUGGUGCUCCAGUCUAUGUCAUCAACCUCCUCAUUUCUGACAUCAUUCAACUAAUUUGCAUGAUUGGUUGGGUGACAACCAACUGCAACAUUAUCAUCGUUUAUUUUUACUUUUAUGGUCUGUUCUCCAGUGUUGGCUUCAUGGUGUGUAUCUCCCUAGAAUGGUAUUUGCUCAUCGUCAGGCCGCUGUGGUACAGAUUCAGAAGAACCAUCAAGACCUCUGUGGUGGUCUGUGUCCUAGUCUGGAUCCUUCCUCUUGUUUAUUUCCUCCCAUUGCUUUAUUUCCCUUCUUACAAUGUGGCACUCGCCAUGUAUGCAGUCCACAUCCUCCUCCCCCUCCCUCUGUUCAUCUUCUUCCUGGGUGGGACUCUUAAAGCCCUGUCUGCAUCCAUCAGUGUCUCCUCUGAUGAAAAACGAAGAAUUGUUGCAGUUUUGGUCGUAGUGCUGCUUAUUUACAUACUGCUGUUCCUACCCAGCAUCGUUUGGUUACUGGCAGGAGAAGACAGAAUGAACUCUAGCUUCAUCAUUGUGUCUGAGAUUCUCAUUCAGCUGAGUCCUCUUGCAGACUUGAUUUUGUACAUUUUCAUGAGGAAAGGAACCACAGACAAGAUUUUGGCCUCACUGUGUUGUUGCAGAAUGGAGCUUCAGGAAUCAACAGAUGAACAGCAUGAAUAA